AGUCCCAUACAGAGAAACACAAGUGUCCUGCAACAUGAAGAGCUUGAACAACCGGGCUGAGAGCCACCUGACCGGGCAAGCGGAGUCUGAGUUGGACCAAAUGGGUAAUGGCGGCUGGGUGAACCAGGGCUACUGCAGCUCCCCUCCACCCCUGCCCAAGGUUGUCAGCACCAUCUACAACCCCAAACCCCAUUUCCAGGGCUCCAUGGAUAACAUGUACAACCUGGAUACCCCGGUACUGCUCCCAGAGGAACCACCAACCAAAGACCAAAGUCUGAAGAAGAAACGAAGAGGCUGCUGCUCUUUUAUCACAGCGCUUUGGGGGACAACACUGACCGAAAACACCUCCAACAACAGGGCUCUGUUUAUCCGCAUCACGCUGCGAGAGCUGCUGGUCUACAUCUUCUUCCUGGUGGACAUAUGCCUCUUGACAUAUGGUAUGACAAGCUCAAGUGCCUACUAUUACUCUACAGCCAUGACGAACCUGUUUGUGAAUACAGCCGGUGCAAGCGGGGUUAUGUUUCAGUCCAUUGGCAGCAUGGAUGACUUCUGGGCUUUUGCCCAGGGUCCACUAUUGGGCGGCCUCUACUGGACAAGCUGGUACAAUGGCCAGUCCCUGGGAAACGUAAACAAAUCUUUCAUCUACUAUGAGAACGUGCUGCUUGGUGUCCCCAGGAUGAGGCAGCUCAAGAUUAAGAACAACUCCUGCAAGGUCGCCAAUGACUUCCGAGAUGAGAUCACAGGAUGUUUCGAUGUUUACAGUGUCGAGAAGGAGGAUGACCGCAGCUUCGGCCUCAUCAAUGGCACUGCCUGGACCUAUCACACAGAGAAAGAGCUCAAGGGUUCCUCUUACUGGGGCUUGCUGACCACCUACAGUGGCGCAGGAUACUAUCAAGACCUGAGUCUGAACAAAAAUGAGAGCGCCACCAUACUGAUGGAACUCGAGGACAACCUUUGGCUGGACAGAGGAACCAGAGCAGUCUUCAUCGACUUCUCCACAUACAACGCCAACAUCAACUUGUUCUGUGUCAUCACGUUGGUGGUUGAAUUCCCAGCGACUGGCGGAGCAAUCCCUUCCUACCAGAUCCGAACAGUCAAACUGAUUCGCUACGUAGGCAACUGGGAUUACUUCAUCCUCGGCUGUGAAUUUCUCUUCUGUGUAUUCAUCUUCUACUACAUCGUGGAAGAGAUUCUUGAGCUGAGGAUACACAAGUUCUCCUAUUUCUUUAGCAUCUGGAACAUACUAGAUAUUGUUGUCAUAUUGCUCGCCAUCGUUGCCAUCAUAUUCAAUGUAUUUCGGACCGUCAAAGUGAACAACUUGCUCAAGAAACUGCUGCAAAAUCCUGAUAUCUAUGCAGAUUUUGAAUUUCUGGCAUUCUGGCAAACCCAGUAUAACAACAUGAACGCAGUGAACCUGUUCUUCGCGUGGAUCAAGAUUUUCAAGUACGUCAGUUUCAGUACGACCAUGAAUCAGCUGUCCUCCACGCUGGGCCGAUGUGCUAAAGACAUCUUUGGAUUCGCCAUCAUGUUCUUCAUCGUGUUCUUUGCUUACGCUCAACUCGGAUAUUUGCUUUUUGGAACGCAGGUUCAAUCGUUCAGCACCUUUGUGACAUGCAUCUUCACACAGUUCAGAAUUAUUCUUGGAGACUUUAAUUUUGAUGCCAUCAACUGUGCUAACAGAGUCCUUGGGCCAAUCUACUUUGUCACUUAUGUGUUCUUUAUUUUCUUUGUUCUGCUGAACAUGUUCCUGGCCAUCAUAAAUGAUACAUAUUCAGAGGUUAAGGAGGAGCUCUCAUCCCAAAAAGAUGAACUACAAAUUACUGACCUCAUCAAACAGAGCUAUAUGAAGACAUUCAUGAAGCUGAAGCUUAAAAAAGAGAAAAUAUCAGAUGUUCAGAAGGCUCUGCAGUCUGGGUCUGGAGAAAUUGAAUUCAAGGACUUCAGGGAAACUCUUAAAGACAUGGGACAUACCGAUUCAGAAAUAUCUGCAGCCUUCUCCAAGUUCGACUACGACGGGAACAAAGUUCUAGACAAAGACGAACAAAGGAGGAUGAAAACGGAGCUGGAGGAAAAGAGGGAUGCUCUCAGUGCUGAAAUCAACAAUCUUGGAAAGAACUAUCAGAAAGAAUUGUACGAGAAGCCUCCAGUCACAUCCAGUGAGCACAAGAGCCAGUCUAGUGAAACCUUUGUGGAAAGGCAACACUUUAUGAGUCUGGCCAGACAGGUUCUUCACCUUGAAAGCACUGUGGCAAUCAUUGCAUCCAGGAUUGAGCUGAUUAUGGAGAAACUGGGAUUACAAGAGAAAGCUAAAGGUGCUGGAACAGCAGGGAAACUGUGACCAAUAAAUAUAAGGAUGAAGGUGUCUCUGAUGGCCAUGAGGUUUGUCAGAGCAACGGCGGCCAAGAUGUCAUCCAGAAGACCAGCAGUACAUAACUCCACAAAUGACUGUUGUAUUAAAUUAACCUCAGAGAAACACAAUCAUGUGUUAUCUGAAAAUCAGUUGACAGCUUUCUAAUAUUCAUACUAA